GUACUAGCCACAGAUAUGUCGAAGCACAUGAGCCUGCUGGCUGACCUAAAAACUAUGGUAGAGACGAAAAAAGUGGCCGGCUCGGGCAUUCUUAAUCUCGACAAUUAUACUGACCGAAUGCAGGCGAGUUAUUCCAAAUAUUUUCCCAUUUAUAUAUCACCUUCAUUUCAUAUUAUUCUACAAAACAUGGUGCACUGUGCCGACCUCAGCAAUCCAGCGAAGCCUCUGCAUCUUUAUCGGCAAUGGACAGAUCGUAUUAUGGAAGAAUUUUUCUUGCAAGGUGAUCAGGAGCGUGCUGCCGGGUUGGACAUCAGUCCCAUGUGCGAUAGAACAACUGCUUCUAUUGAAAAAUCUCAGGUUGGUAGCACUUUCUCACACAUGGCAAUUAACUAA